CUACUAUCAACUUGUGUCAUGUCUGGUCGUGGAAAACAGGGAGGCAAAGUGCGGGCUAAGGCGAAGUCUCGUUCCUCCCGUGCUGGGCUGCAGUUUCCUGUGGGCCGCGUGCACCGGCUGCUGCGCAAGGGAAACUAUGCGGAGCGAGUAGGAGCCGGCGCUCCCGUUUAUAUGGCUGCGGUGCUGGAGUACCUCACUGCUGAAAUCUUGGAGUUGGCUGGUAACGCUGCCCGGGACAACAAGAAAACCCGUAUUAUCCCCCGGCAUUUGCAGCUGGCUAUCCGCAACGACGAGGAGUUGAACAAGUUGCUGGGUAAAGUCACUAUCGCGCAGGGUGGCGUCCUGCCAAACAUCCAGGCAGUGCUGCUGCCCAAGAAAACUGAGAGCCAUAAAGCCAAGGGCAAAUGAGGCGGCUGCAUCCCCUGGGGGGAGAAAACUUACCCCACGACUAGGUCUCUGUGAACCCAAAGGCUCUUUUAAGAGCCACCCACAAAUUCCUAAAAAGAGCUUGUCCGUCCUAGAAAACCUGUACGUUACUGUGGAGCUGUGGUACCGCACUGGGGGAUGCUUAUGUUCAUGGUGUAAACAGAACUUCCAAUUCGAACAAAGAAGCAUCCAUACAAGUGGGUAAAGAUGGAGUUU